AUGGGCUGGGGGGGGUAUUUGUUGAUCUUCCGGACCUCGUCCGCGUACUUCGAGAGGAAAUUGGCCGGGAAAGGAGAGACCACGGGGGUUUGGGCCCUGGUGAAGGACUUCCUCGGGGCUAUUGUGGCGACCCUUAUUACGGCAACGUUGAUUACGCCCUUUCAAGUCCUCAAGACGUCUUGUCAGCUGCAGGGAUCACUCACGGAGGGCCAGGCGGGUUGGGCGGCGGCUGCGAAUAGCCCACCGCGGGGAAUUCACCUCGCGCGCCAUUUUCUACAGCCAGAGGGCCGAAGGGUGAUGUUUCGCGGGUUGGGACCUCAGAUCCUCAUCACCAGCAGCACCACCGUCCAUGUCACGCUUUACGAGUGUUUUCGUCGAAAUUGCUUCACGGGCAACCGGGAUCCUUCGAUUAUGGAGGUGGCCUUGGGCUCCGCCAUCGCAAAGGGCAUAACAUGUAGUCUUUUCAACCCUUUGGAGGUGGUUCGCACGCGGAUGCAGUGCGUGCAUAAUCAUCAGAAGCCUGAGUAUGUAAAUACAAGGCGGGGGUUGGAAAUUAUCUGGCGUAAUGAAGGGAUAGCAGGGUUGUAUCGCGGUAUUUUCACUAACGUGGCGCGAGUAAUUCCGAUAACGGUUGCUUCUUUUGUAUUAUAUGAAAAUUUUUUAAGCGUAUUUCGGAAUUCAAACAGGCCCUCAAUCACUAAACAACAGUUUUGGGUUCGGAUAUCUGAAUUCCUCAGAAAAGAUGAUGAUUAUCGUAUAAGCUAUGACGACUUAGUCCCUGAUUAUGUUAAUUUCUUUAAUGAGUCUAUGUGA